AUGGAGGACGGUCCUGUUAUUUUUGGCUUUCAAAACAUUUUUCUUACCAUGUUUGCUACUUUUUUCUUCUUCAAGCUUUUAAUUAAAGUCUUUUUGGCUCUCCUAACCCAUUUCUAUAUCGUCAAAGGAAAUAGAAAAGAAGCAGCUAGGAUAGCAGAAGAGAUCUAUGGUGGAGUUUCAGAUUGCUGGGCUGAUCGAUCCCCACUUCAUGAAGCUGCAGCCCAGGGGCGUUUGCUGGCUCUUAAAACUUUGCUGGAACAAGGCAUCAACGUGAACCUCGUGACCAUUAACCGGGUCUCCUCUCUACAUGAGGCCUGCCUGGGAGGGCACGUGGCCUGCACCAAAGCCUUGUUGGAAAGCGGUUCCCACGUCAAUGCAGUGACGGUGCACGGAGCAACGCCUCUGUUUAAUGCCUGCUGCAGUGGCAGCGCUGCCUGCGUCAUGGUUCUGCUCCAGUUCGGAGCCAAGGCCCAGCUCCAGGCGCACCUGGCUUCACCAAUCCACGAGGCGGUGAAGAGAGGUCAUAUAGAAUGUGUGGAGAUUCUACUGGCAAAUAAUAUUGACAUCGACCAAGAAUUGCCUCAGCUGGGAACUCCUUUGUAUGUGGCCUGUACCUAUCAAAGGGUAGCAUGUGUGAAGAAACUUCUAGAAUUCGGGGCCAACGUGGAUCAGGGCCAGUAUCUGGACACCCCAUUGCAUGCCGCGGCGAGGCAGUCCAGUGUAGAUAUCGUCCAGCUGCUGCUGGACUAUGGGGCUAACUUGACAUGUCGGAAUGCUCAGGGCAAAAAUGCCCUUGACUUGGCAACUCCCAAAAGCAGCGUGGAACAGGCACUGCAGCUCCAGGAAGGCCCACCUACUCUUUCCAAGCUCUGCCGCCUGUGCGUUCGGAAGUGCUUGGGUCGACCAUGCCAUCAGACCGUCUGCCAGCUCUGCCUGCCAGAACCCCUGGAAAGAUUCCUCCUGUAUCAAUAG